CAGAGACGGAGGGCUGGAACGACAUGACUGAAGAAAAUAAUAAUACGGCAGCAACAGAUACCGACCAAACGGAGCAUAGCAACAUCAUCACCAUCCAAGCCACACUUGGGGACGAAGAUGAGGAUAUUCAUAAAUGUGGCAGAUGUCUGGAGGAGUUUUCUGCUCUGGAUGCUUUCAUCCAACAUAAACUCAAAAGGAGCUGCAAGCGUCUUCUGCAAGACCAUCAGACCACUAUUGAGUCUGAAGUAUGUGCUUCCACUGAGGUGACACUAGGUGAAAAUGGGUGCUCAACUGACGAGAUCGGGGUGUCCAACACAGUCAAUGGAGAUAAAAGUAGGUCUGCUAAAGGAAAAAAGAGAGACCGUUCGUCAGGAGACGAGGAAAGCUCCAGUCCUGCUAAACUGGCUUUAAAGUUAAACGAAGAGGGACGAUACAUUUGCGAGAUAUGUGAAAAGACUUUUAAAACGACAAAUAUUCUGAGAACGCACAUGUUUACGCACAAUGAAGAGAAGGACUUCAAGUGUGAAAUAUGUGAGACUGCUUUCAGGACCAAGGGCUCAUUGAUCCGUCACAAACGUCGCCACACAGAUGAGCGUCCAUACCGCUGCAAUCAGUGUGGGUUGGCGUUCAGAGAGUCCGGAGCUCUAACGAGACAUCUGAAGUCUCUCACGCCUUGUACCGAGAAGAUUCGUUUCAAUCAGUGUAAAGAGAUACUUGUCAGCAAGGAUGGAGCUCGGAAAGUUCAACAGGUGCCUCCUGACCCUGAGAAGGAGCCGAUUCCUGUUGUGAGUGUGGUGGAAGCUUACCAGGAGAUCAUCCAGAUCCAGGUGGUAGAUGAGAGUGGACAAAUACAACAGGUUGUGUCCCAGCCACAGACUGCAACUGUGGUUGAAGCAGACAAUCUAAUCUGCCAGGCCAUUAUAAACUCUGGCAUUGCUUUGGAAACAGAAGCCUCAGAGGCGGCCGAGCAGGCAGAGGCUCGGUCACCUAAAGCGAUCCAGCAGGCUCCUGAGGCUGCGGCCAGACUCACUGAGAUCCAGGUGACAGAAGAGUGUGUGGAGACAGUGGCCGAGGAAACACUGGAAUCCUCCACGAAGGAAGGAAAACCCUCUGAAUCGAAGUUAUACAAAUGUCCGCACUGUGAACGAAUGUUUAAGACAUUGGCAUACCUGCGGGUUCAUGUAAAAGGGCAUGUUGGUUACAAGCCAUUCAAAUGCAUAAUAUGUCAGAAGGAUUUCCUGACAGGCUACGUGCUGAAGAAACACAUGGAAACGCACGUCAGUCAGCGGCGGUACAAAUGUGGAGAAUGUGGCAAACUGUUUAAAGCCAUGGGACAUGUGCGGGAACACAUGAGGGCGCAUUCAGAUGAACGGCCAUACCACUGCAACUUCUGUGACAAGAGCUACAAGACCAAGAAUGCUCUGCAGGUGCACCAUCGUACACAUGCGGCUGAAAAGCCAUACUCGUGUCCGCACUGCUCCAGUGGGUUCCGGGAAAAGAGCGCUUUAGUGCGCCAUAUCCGACAUCAUACUGGAGAAAAACCCUUCAAAUGCUCGAACUGUGGGCGGGGCUUUGCUGAGCAUGGAACACUUAAUCGUCACAUGAGAGCUAAAGGAGGCUGUUUUUCUGUGCAGCAGAAGGACUCCGAACACACCGGGAGCUCUGAGAAACAGGAGGUGACCACAGAAAGUGUCUCUGCCACCAUCAUAUCAGAUGAUCCUCAUGCUGUCCUGGUGGAGUUCUCCUCAGUAGUGGCCGACACUCAGGAAUACAUCAUAGGGGCACCAUCUGAGGAAGCAACUCAUGAGGAGGGCGUAGAAAUCAUUCAAGACAAUCAACAGCCGUUGGACAGCAACAUCAUGAAUGUGGUGCAACAGAUCGUGAGCCAAUCACACGGAGGCCACCAGAUCAUCGUGCGUAAUGUGUCCGCUGACGAAACCCCCGGCAUCUCCGACUGCGGAGACACCAUCACCAUCGCCACACCGGAAAGUUUAACUGAACAGGUUGCCAUGACACUGGCUAAUGCCAUUAGUGAUGGCACCAUACUUACCACUACCACAGAGGGCACCGAUGAGAUGCCCCAGACCACAGUUACCAUGGUAGAGACCGAGAACAUUGAGACAAUCGAACAGGAGGAGCAAUACGUCAUUGCUUCGCCCGAUGAAGUGGAAAUUCAGACUGUUGUAGUGGUCUAAGAUGGCAAACAAUUGAAAGGUUUUAUUUGUUUGGUAGGUGAACAGCCGUGGUGUAGCAUUUCAAUUCUCUUUGAGGCCUUAUUCUUCAUAGUGCUACACAAGUUUUACACUUAAAGCCAGCAAGUGGAAGCCCGUUUGUCUGGUAAAUUGUACAGGGGGAAAAUGUCAGUGUAAAUAAGGAUUUGUGUUUAGCUUUAAAAUGGGCUACAUGUUUUACUGAAUUAGCAUAUAUUCGUUUUCAACAGACAGAAAAAACGAAUUACAUUGUUUGUUCUAUCUGGUUUAUUUUCACUCAUUGCAAUAUGCAUGAACUUUUGUGUACAGCUGAACUGUCAUUUUAACAAAUCCACUGUCAGGUUGCUUUGCGUAUACUUAUACCGGAUAUGACUAUCAUCUGUACUCAUCAUGAAUACAUAACAUAUUGCUGCCAUUAACAGGGCCUAUAGGAAACAUGGCUGGGAAUGAAAGUACAAAAUACAAACAUUAAAUAUAUUUUUA